AUGGAAGAGGAUCAGGUCAUUGCGGAGUGGCACAUGCUGGUACAGGCCGCCAAGACGCCGUCCGCCUACCUCUCCUCGUUCCACGCCUUCGUCCUCGCCAACGCGCUGCGGCGGCCCAUCCUGGUCUACGGGGACCGCUUCGUGCGCGGAAGGAACGGCGAGCCGUACGCCCCGUCCGACGUACGCGGGGUGUACCUUCCAACACUGGUGGAUCCCGACGUAUGCUACAAGCUGCCCAUCGCUGUGGGUUACACGUGCGUCGCCGUCGGAAAGGUGGGACACUUUACGGCCCUGGUAGGGGUGGACCGCGAGCUGCGGCACCUCCCCCUGGUGGACGAGCACGGGGACGAUCUCCCCAUCAGGGGAGAAGAUAAAACGAGCUAA